GACAGCUGAGUGACCAUACAUGCGUUUACCUCAUGGAAAAGCAGAUGCUCGAUAUGACGGGUGAUUACUUGUCCACAAAAGAACAGCUUCACUUUCUCCAACACCACCCAUUGGAGUAACGAUAAACAGGGCGUUUUUACAAGCCAAUCAUGAAUCUCAUUGGCUCUGCAAAGAAAAGGACACCAACGUGCGUCGUUUGAAUUUUGAGCUGGUCUUAUGGUCACGGAAAAUAUGAGUGUCGGCUGGCAAAGGUGUGGCUUUAACUCAGUGUUGUGAACUAGUAUUGGAGCAUGCCUCGUCGCGAUCCUGACAGCUCUUCUGCAAGCCGGCGCAAAGGUGCAACACCCAAGCGUCGGCCUCCAGCCCCAACCGCGCCUGCUUCAACAUCACCGGCAGCACGGCUGAGCGGACCAUCAGCCCCUGCAGGUGUAGCUCCCUCCCUGCAAAAGAGGAGGAGGUUUCGCCCUGGCACCCGAGCUCUGAUGGAAAUUCGCAAGUACCAGAAGAGCACAGACUUGCUUUUGCGCAAGGGACCGUUUGCGCGCCUGGUACAAUACCACUGGCUUUGUCGCAUCACUGUCUUGCAUAGUAGAGGUUGAUUAGCACAUGGCUCCUGUGGACCGAUUUACAACCACCUUACAUUCUUAGAUGGAUGCUGCCACUCUCUAACAAUACAUUACCCGUUGUUGAUGAUGCAUAGUUAAUCCUGUAAAGCCCUGUGAACUCUGCUUUGUAUGUGGGUAAACAAGUCUCUCCAGGAUUCCAUAUUUCUUUGCAAAAUCGACAAUUCCCCACAUAUUAUGCGAGAGCUUGCAUAUUUGACCUAUCACGUCACUAUUACUGCAUGCAAUAGUCAAAUCAUCUCAAUAUUAUCACAUAAAAAUGACCAAUCACGCACUUCAAAAAGGGGGCUUGCUAUUUAGACCAAUGAAGACACACAUCAGCGCAUUUUGAUGUCAGAAUUGCUGCAGCAAAAUCAAUAAUUUUUCCAUAUAAAUGCUGCAAAAAUCCUGGAGGGACUCUGAAGCUGGUGGUGUCUUAGUUUGGAAUAAAUAAUAAAAGAAAGAUGAACUAAAAUGCUUGUUUUUACAAUUAAAGUUGCUACCCCGAGUUAAUAUUUCCUAUUAGUGAUUGUUUAUCUUCAGUGAAUUUCAAGGUUGUUUACUCAGGUUGUCUACUCAGGUUCGGGAGGUGUGCCAGACGUAUAGCAGGGACUUCAUGAGAUGGCAGGUGUAUGCUCUUCUGGCAUUGCAGGAGGCUGCAGAGGCUUUCCUCGUUUUACUGUUUUCCGAUGCCUACCUGUGUACCAUCCACGCCAAGCGUGUAACGCUAUUCCCCCGUGACAUUCAGCUUGCCCGGCGAAUUCGAGGAGUGGAUCAUCUCUGAGAACACUCAGAUGAGCCAUUGAGGAGCGAGCAGUGUGGCUUGGAGUGGGCCUGUUAUAGCCUCUUUUUUUAAUAUAUAUUGUUUUAAACUACUGACCAUGGGGUGCUGAGGACCUCUAACAAUGCUAUGUUUUGAUGCAAAGCAUCAGUGGAUCUAAUUUGCCCCAAAUACACAUGCAUUAUGUUCAUGCCAGUUAUAAACUCAGUAUAUUCUAUAACAAAAUGCUCACCCAGGCAAGGACUGUUGACCAAUGUUUUGAUUUUAGAAAAAGGUGUUUUUGUACGUUGAAGGAAAAACACUUUUGGGUAUACUGCUUUAGUUCAUCUGUGUUUUGGGCCCUCAUGCCACCGAAGACAAGUUAGUAUAGUGGUCAAAUAUGAGAUUUACUGUAAAUAAUGUUGUAAUGUUGGAUUUGAAUAAAUGUUUUUAUUCAGUAGGAUAAACAAUUAGAAAUGCCUCACAUUUGUAUACCUGUUCCCAUACAGCUAUUGUAGGAUUACAGAUCCAUACUUAGAACCCAGAAAUUCAUUUUAUUCAUGUUAUAUUUCAUGCCCAAAUUUAACAUGCAUCUGUGGUGUUUGUAUGCAUGUGGUUUUAUCCACUGCCUUUGUCGCAUUGUAUUUUCAGCCUAUGGUGUGGUGUUCCAAGAUGCCCCUUUUGGCUCUUUUUUUUUAUUUUAAUUGGUCUCUUGGGACAGCUUUCUGCUGCCUCCUGGCCCCUGAUCUACCCGCUUUCCCAGCAGGCAGCACAGCCAAUCCAAUCUUCUCACACCUGCCUGAAACAGCUCCUGAUGGUCCUGUUUACAGGUGUGCUGAGGCUUCGCUUGGGACCAAGAAUCACACCGGGCAACAUUUAGGGAGUUCGAUGUUUAAAGUUAACGGCACACCAGUUGAACGACUACAGAGGAGCGGGAACACUGUUUUAGCGUAUUAUCACAAUAAUGGUGUGGACAUGAGGAUUUUUGGAGUCAAAGAGAAGGGUUUGGACAGAGAAUAGUAUUGUUUAUUCAAGUGCCAUAAUGCACAUUAAGUUGUCAUUUUAAAGGGGAUAUUGUUCAGGGAACCAAAAGAAGUGCAUUCUUUCAGGACAUCACGUCAGGUAAGAUCAUUUUAUGCUCAUGGGUCAAGUCAAGCCAAUUCAUUGAAUAGUUAUGCUAAGAGCAAUGUAUUUGUUUGCCAAGAUGAUCUAAAUCCACAUUGUCUACUUGCAUCUUGUAAAUGUUUGUAAAAGGUGCAUUUUAGGAUUGGAGAUGGAAGUAUCAACUGCAAGGAUAGUGUUAGAAAUAAACAUAAUGAAGUCGUGUAAUGAAUAAGCAAGCACUCUUUUAAAUGUCUGUUAUUUGAUGUGAUCCAUAUCCAUCCUUUUCCCCUCUGUCACAAGGGCAAUCAUGAUGUCACCAGAGGACAGCAGCACCCUGGAGGGCUUAUUGUAUGGCAGCCUCCAUGGUGACGAGGGGGAGGAGUCAGUGAACCAGGGGAGCAGACAAUUAGGAGAGGAUCAUUCAAAAGCCAGUUCUCCAGCUACAGGCUUAGUAGAGGAGCCGUUGGUGUGUGCCGCCUGCGAGGGACGUGUUUGCGACCGCUUUGUCCUAUUGGCUGCAGGGCGGGCAUGGCACGAGGCGUGUCUCCGCUGUAGCCAAUGCCAGUGUGAGCUCCAGACGCACCUCACACUCUACUGCCGUGAUGGCAGCAUCUACUGUCAGCAGGACUACUGCAGGUUAUUCAGUGUGGGACGAUGUGCCCGCUGCUCCCAGCCAAUCCCGUCGUCAGCAAUGGUCAUGAGGUCUGGUGAUCUGACGUUUCACCCUGAAUGCUUUUCCUGCCAGGAGUGUGAUGUCACUUUGAUGCCUGGAAACCUAUACAGUCAACACGGGCAGAGCCUGUACUGUCAAUCACAUUACCAUGAUGACAGCAGUGCGCCACCCUCUCACAAGCUCCACCUCAAGCAGAGAGAAGGAGAAGGGGAGGAGUCUGUCAGCAGCCCUGAGCCACGACUGGAGGAUGGUGUUACAGGUGGCCGGGCCCGCAGGCGGACUAAGCGAAUAAGAACAUGUUUCCGCAGCGAACAGUUGAGAGCCAUGGAGUCCUAUUUUGCCCUGAAACACAACCCUGAUGGCAAGGAUUGGAGCUGUCUGUCUCACAGGACCGGUCUGCCCAAGAGAGUGCUUCAGGUGUGGUUCCAGAAUGCAAGGGCCAAGCUGAGGCGUUCCCUCUCAGCUGACGAGUCGCAGAGCAACUCACCCGCCCCCCAGAGGUUCGACACCAUGGCUACAGCCUCCCCGUCCCUAGUGACCUCCCACCAGUCCUUCCAGACCAGCACCAUCGACCAACUGGAGCUCUCUCUGCUCACCGCCCCUCUCAGUGACCCGCCCCAAAGCCCCGCCGACCAAUCAGCAGGCUUUAAAGACUCUUUCUUCCUGGACUACAAUCCCCAGGGUGCACCAAGGCUCUCCCCUUUGAUGACCUAUGAUUUUGGGGAGUCUGGAUUGGGGAGAGAAGGCGAUUCUGACACGGUACUUCAACCAUAUUAUUGACCAUGUUUACACUAUUCUGGUGAGCACUACGCUAUUUAGUCUUCCAGGACAACAAGUUAUGACAGAAGAGAAGCUACAAGUGUCUAACUAUAAUUGACGAACAAAUGGCCUACCAAAUGUCAAAAAUUGUAAUAUGGCCUGCAGAAAUGUAUCUAAAUUAUGGGGGAAAGUAACCUAAGCCAGUAGGCUAUGCAGUCCGGUACAGAGUAUCAGCAAAACAAAUUACUAUGGAAUUAUGAUGGAUCGAACUGCACAUGUAGCCUAUUUUUUUCAAGUGAGUUUGACAAUCAGAUAAAAACAUCACCCAUGCUAUGUGAAACUGAGCCUGCGCAGACCGCGAAAAACAACAGUAAACUGAAUUUGAUGUUUACAUGCUACAGUAUCCCGUCGAAGAUCAGCAUGUCCCAGCCUUCUUAUCCAGGUGUCUCAUAACCGGGAUACAAACCUUUUCGGGUUAUUGUAAUCGGGAUAGGAUGUUUAUAUGGAGCAACUCAAAAACAGAAUACUUGAGUAUCCCGAAUAAUAAGUGGAUAUUGGUGUGCAUGUAAACGUGGUCAAUGUUAGGCAUGUUGACGAUACAGCUCCGUGAACUGAUAGAAUUUUAGUUAUAAUAAUGAUAUGGUAAAUUAAGCAUUUUAUGAUUAUUCCUCGCUCCUUGUUUUGUUCCACGGUUUGUCAUGGCUGUUAUGAUAUCAAUAUGCGCAAGUAGUUUAGAGAUGUAUAGAUGCUUGUGUUUGUUAUGAUAUUGUACACACUGAGUGUCAGGGAAUGUGUGUAAGAUCAUGUAUCUGAAUCCCACCACAAAUAUGACUACGAGCUCUUUGUACUUUAAUAAAUGGGCUGUAUUAACUGAUGGAAGUA